AUGCUCUCUGUCUUGAGCAGCAGUGCUGUCCACCUCAGUGAGGAGCUGCACCGCACGCGGCAGGAUCUCGUGGCUGCACGCUGCGAAGCAGCACAGCUGGCAGCGGCCCUACAGCAGAAAAGGACAUGGGUGGUGCAGCACAUGGAGUCGGUUUUCAAGGUGCUCCAACAGCGCAACGAGCGGCUGCUGCAAAGCUUGGCUUUCCAUGGGAUGAUCAUGGCUCGGAGCUGUAGCCAGGUCUGGCGCCGGUCGGCGUCUGCUGGUCUGGCUGAGUCGCCCGCCCCAAGCAGUCCCCGCCGCAGUCCAGGCAGAGCAACAGCGUGGCAGUGGCUCUGGCAGAAGAAGGUCUUUGGCCUUUGGCGCCGGGGCGCCGAGGUCGCCCGAAGGGCCCGGCACAGCGAGGAGCACCACGCGGAGCUCCAUGGACAGAGGGCCUCCCUGCUGGACCUCGAGGAGUGCGUGGAGCGCCUGCACGGCCGGCGCGUCGACCUGGAGGCGCUGCUCCAAAGCGAGCGGCGCCGCGUGCAGGAGUUGGAGACGGAGCUCAGCGGCUGCAAGGAGCAAGUGAAGGAGCUUCAGAGGACUCUGAAGGAGUCCUACGUUCAGCAGUUUGAAGCUUCGCAGAAGCGAGAGGAGCUCGAGAGCCACUUCAGCAAGCUUCUGGAGGAGCUGCACCGCAUGAAGGCUGACAAAGAAGGUCUGGAAGGACAGAUCCCUCAGCUGCGGAAGGACCUGAAGGAGGCCAGGGCCCUCAACGCGGACCAAGAGUCCCAGCUCGUGGAGGCCACGGGCGAACUGUCGCUGGCGGAGGAAGUCAUCGACGAUAUCACCAGCUCCAAGUUGGUGGGCCUCCGCCGCUUCUUCGAGCACUACAACCUGCCAGCAGUUUGUUUGUCGCUGUUUCGGAAGGUUGUGGAGCUGCAGCACCAGCUGCGGACCAGAAGCCGGCUCAGCCAGACGAGUCAAGCAUCGGAGACCCCCCGCUCGCCGCGUCUAGAGCGGACUCGGGCCAUCGAGAGUGAGGUGCGGCAGCUUGGGGCCGUGACCCGCUGUAGCUUACAAGGCUACAUAGAGGGCCUGAACGUGGACCAGGUCACCUCGAGCAUGGUCGUGCAGGUGGUCCUGGCGCUCCUGGGCCUGGACCUGGGGAGGGCGCCCUGCGAUGCCGCGCGCUUCGUGUCGCUGCUGGCGGCCCCGCCUGCCUGGGAGCAGCUGGACUUCGCCACAGCGCUCUGGGGCUCCGCGGGUGAGCCAGCGGCGGCAGUCGUUCAGCAGCACCGGGCCCGCUUGGCGGCACUUUCCAGUCAGGGAAGUGCAAGCACGUGCAAGCUUUCACCACGCCAUGGCUCCUUGGAAGAGCGAAGACGCGACCAGGGCGUCGGAUGCCGCGCCUAG